AUGAGUGCCAAUAUCCGGGUGCUGGUACGCAAAUCGAUCGCAGCAUCGUCGAUGGUGUCUAUGUGCAGGUAUAGCACAACCACACCUGGUACCGACAAUGCAAGCAAGCCCAUGGAUACAAAGAGUGGUACGCUUCCUAGCCGCAACCCCAAGCAGGGUGUGCCAUCACGAGGAAACAUGACUAAGUACUUCACAUUUGGCGUCCUGGUUGGGGUUGCUGGGUACUUUGCACUCCAUAAGUUCGACAGGGAGCCCACGUCCCAAUUGCUCGACGCUGGCGCUCACGGCGAGCCUGCAUUUCACAAAGAGGAAUUUCGCAAGUUUAGAUUGAAGCGCAUCGAUCCUCACAAUCACGAUACCUCGCUCUAUGUGUUUGAGCUUCCAAGUGGCAAUGUUUCAGGCGCGCAUGUCGCAUGUGCUGUGGCAGUGAUGGGCGCUGAUGGUACGCCAAAAAAUGACUUUGGCGAGCCUCUUGCCCGAGGCUACACUCCUUUAAACCCGCCGCAUACAAGGGGCGAAUUUGAGCUCCUGAUCAAGCACUACCCUGAGGGCAAAAUGACGCAGCACCUCCUUUCCCUCCGACCUGGCGAUGAAAUUUUAGUGAAAGGUCCACGUGAAAAAUUUCCCUACAAGGCGAACGAGUUUGAUCACAUCGGUAUGAUUGCAGGUGGUACGGGCAUUGCUCCCAUGUGGCAGGUACUCUCUGCCAUCGCCAGCAAUCCUGACGAUGCCACCAAAGUGACGCUCCUGUUUGGCAACAAGACAGAGGCAGAUAUACUGCUCCGCAGACAGCUCAACGAGCUUGCCAAAGACAAGCGUUUUAAUAUCAUUCAUUACUUGGACAAUCCUCCCGCGAAUUGGAAUGGCGAGAAAGGCUACAUCACUGCAGAGGAGAUCAAGAAGCAUCUACCGGCUCCAUCGCUCGGAGCGAAAACCAAGGUUUUCGUUUCCGGCCCUUCCGGUCAAAUUCGGUCUAUAAUUGGGCCCAAGCGUGAGCCUAACGACACCUCACCAAGGGAAGGCGCGCUAGCCGACGUCGGUUACAGCGCUGAACAGGCUCACAAAUUUUAG